AAUAAUACACCAUGAUAACGGAAAGAGAGAUACAGGACCCAAGAGAGGAUAUCAGUGAAGGCAAGAUAUAUAAAGAGCAGGACAGAGAAGGGCGAAAAAACAAAGACGGUCAGCUUGCUGCUGGUCAGGACCACACGAACACACAACAUGUCUCAGCCAGGAGAGGUGAAGAAAAAGAAGCGGCCUCCCUUUAAGGAGGAGGACUUGAAAGGAGCUCGCAGUAAGCUGGGGCUGAAGGGAGAGGUGAAGAGCAAAACAUAUGAGGUCAUGGUGGAGUGUGAGCGUAUGGGAAAAGUGGCUCCAUCUGUGUUUAGCGGGGUGCGUUCCGGAGGAGAGACAGCACUGGAGAAACCCAAACCUGCAGCAGGAAGCGUGUUUGGCAAAUGAGGAUGUCAAUAAAGAAGAGGCAUCAGAACGAAGAAUUAUGUAUUAAAGGAAAAGAUAAAUGAGCCAGUGCUGUAAGAGAACAACUGCCAGCCUUUGGUCAGUGAGGUUUAUAUCUAUCUAUCUAUAUCUAUAGAUAAAUAGAUAGAUAUAAAAAUAAUAUUUAUUGGGGCCCACUUGAUCAAACUGCAACAUGAACCAAUGUUUAAAAACACUGACUUGUUAAAAUGUUACAUGUAUAUUCUCUGUUCCUGACUAUGUUCACUUUUUUUUAAAAAAGAAAUGCAUAUGUAUUUGCCUGGUCCUUUGUGCCAAUUUCUAGUCUUAUGUUUUAUACAUUAAAAUGUGAAAAUUGUAAUAGUU